UCCUGCGAGUUCAGGAGCGGCGCGCGUUCAUGUCGCCCAUGAAGCUGGCCAUCAUGCCUCAUCUCCUCGAACUCUACGACUUCACGACCGUCAUCGAGCCCGCGACCCUGGGCUUCAGCAUGGCCAAGCCCACCCUUAACCCUCCCUUAACCGGGUUUUAUUAUCCAUGGUUUUAGUUUAGUUGUCAUCUAUAACUUGUUCACGCAUUGUUCCUCUCUUUUAUACAUAACUCAUCCUCCCCAAUCACUAGAGCAGGCGGCCGUAUGGGAAACCAAAGCAUCAGUAGCAUGCAGAGGCUGGUUCUCGAGGUGGUUGGGUCUCUCGUGAGUCAGAGUUCCUCAGGGCGAGGGUAUGACACCUCCUCCACUCGAGUGCUGCUCGCCACUUGGCUCAUCUUCUCCUUCAUCGUCAGCACCGCCUACAGAGGAAAUCUCACCGCGUUCCUUACGAUUCCCAAGUACCCGGAUCGGCCUGAAACCCUCGAGCAGUUCAUACAGACAGGAGCUACGACAUACCCGCCUGAUGUCGUUGACUUUUACAACAACUUCAAGAAAUCGGAUUCCUAUUUGUACACAACUCUUGCAAGUCGCAUGACAUUAGUCCCUGACUUCCAAGUCGGACUUCAAGAAGCUAUUGAUCUUGGCCAAGGCUACUUCUACGAGCGGAUGUCCCUAAAGCUAGCGAUCGAAGAGUACUUCACGUCCGCCGAUGGAAGCACUAAGCUGUACGUGGCCGGCCAGAACAUCUUGCCCGCGUACUGCGCCUGGCCCAUCCCCUGGGGCGUUCCGUACAAGGAGAAGCUCAACCAGUUUAUCAUGGCUUUUCAGGCUGCUGGACUGAUCGAGAAAUGGACCGAAGACAUUCUGAAGGAAGCGGACAAGAAAAACACCAUCAAGCAGCGCCGGAACGCCCAAGGAUCGGCUUCGGACGAAGUGGAACCGGAUGACGCCAGCGAGGACAGCAACAGCCGAGGGAUCAUGGCGCUGACGCUGACACACUUACAGGGCCCGAUCUUCUUGCUGUUGCUCGGCCUCCUCGUCUCUAGCCUUGUCUUCUGCGUGGAGGUGUUGGCCUCGUGGAUUCUGAAGGAGUAACGGGCACAACUGGUAAUGGCUAGCUUCUGGAUUUUAAUGACGACUGGAUAACGAGAGAGAGAAAAAAAAAUGCAAAUUUGAUUCGUUUCUUUCUUCGGCAUAUCAACUGCAUUGCAUUUAUUCCGUUCCUAUCGUUUUAUUGUUCAUGUAUGUUCCAUAGCUUAUCCAAAUUUUAGUACAGAUACACUUAAAACUAGACUUUCUGGGAUUCAUACAUCACAAUCUGCUUCUUGCCAUUAAUCACUUAGAAUAAUAAAGGG